CGACAACACACACAAUUACAAAAACAAACCAUUAUUUAAUUCCACGCAAACACACGCACACCCUUUUGUUUCUUGUUCCGAAAACACGCGCACACAGUUGUUACAAUUUCAUGCCGACGCCCGUUAGCGCCGCCAGGCAAUGCCUGACGCCGGAGGCGGCAGCGGCCCUCGACGACGCGGUGGCGGUGGCCCGCCGCCGCGGCCACGGCCAGACGACGUCGCUACACAUGAUCUCCUCCCUCCUCUCCCUUCCCAGCUCCUCCCUGCGCGAAGCCUGCGCACGUGCCCGGCAAGGCGCCGGCGCGUACUCUGCUAGGGUUCAAUUCAAGGCUCUCGAGCUCUCGCUGACAGUCUCCCUCGACCGGCUGCCGUCGAUUUCGUACAACCGGACCGAAAUCGGGCCGCCGGUUUCCAACUCCCUGAUGGCCGCCAUCAAGAGGUCGCAGGCGAACCAGAGGCGGCAGCCGGAGAACUACACCUUCUACCACCAGCAGCAGAUGCAGCAGAAGCAGCUGCAUCAGUCGUGUUCCUCCUCGAUCCCCGUCGUGAAGGUCGAGCUCCAGAAUCUGGUGGUCUCGAUCCUCGACGACCCUCUGGUGAGCAGGGUUUUUGGGGAGGCGGGCUUUAGGAAUUUCGACAUAAAAAUGGCCCUGCUCAGAAAGGGGGCCGGCGGGUUCUACACACCGCAGGUGGGCGGUUGUACCUCGAGGUACAAGCGGCCGAACCCACCUUUAUUUCUGUGCAAUUUUCCUUUCGUGGGCUGUUUUCCCGGGGACGAUGAGAACAUGAGGAGAAUUUUCGAGAUUAUGAGGAGGGAGAAAAAGCGGUGCCCACUUCUUGUUGGGGUUUCCGCAGGUCAUGCAUUGAAAAUGUUGUUGGAGAAGAUGAGUAAAGGCUUGGGCUUUUCGGAUGGGCUUUUUAGUGGGCUGAGGGUUGUUUGCAUUAAAGAUGAGAUCUUUAGGUGUCUGAAUGUGGAUUUUGAUGAUGGGCCAUUGAGAUUGAAGGUUGAGGAGGUGGAGAAAAUGGUGGAGGGUUGUAAAGUGGUGGUGAAUUUUGGUGAUUUGAAUGAAUUGGGUGUUGACAGUGAUGAGAAUGUUGAUGGUGUGAGGAUUUUGGUGAAGAGAUUGGGUAAAUUGGUUGAGGUUUAUGGUGGGAAACUGUGGGUAACUGGAGCAGCUGCAAGUUACGAGGUCUAUUUUAAGGUUUUGAAGAAAUUUCCUACAAUUGAGGAUGAUUGGGACCUGGAAAUUUUGCCCAUAACUUCAUUUAAAUUUUCUGUGGGUGGUACAUAUCCCAGAUCCAGUUAUUAUAAUUUGGAUAUGUUUCCUCUUUCAGUAGUUGUUCUUUUGAUCAAGUGGCAACCAGUAUGGAUGUUAUUUAAUGUGAGCUUGAUGGAGUCUUUUGUUCCACUUGGCGGUUUUUUCUCAAUGCCACCAGAGACAAAAAGUCCUUUGAGAAAUGAUUGCCGAGAUUUGGCGAGGUGUCAUUUGUGCAACGAGAAGUACGAACAAGAGGUAGCUGGCCUUUCAAAUGCGGAACAGUAUCAUCAGUCCAGUUUGCCUUCAUGGUUGAACCCAGCUGAGCCCAGCCCGCAAAGCAGUUCGCCUUCCUCAAAGGGCGAAGAUGAUAGUUUGUUACUGAAUGCAAAAAUUACCGCUCUCGGUAAGAAAUGGGACGAUAUUUGCCGGCAGCAUCACUUUGGUCAGACUUUCUUAAAAGGAUAUCAAUAUACACACUUCCCGGGCAAAAGAGAAAACGAGACCAACAAUGGCUGUAACAGCUCCACUAGAUCACCAAACUCAUCAUCAAAAGGAAUUGGUUCUUUGGAUAUCCACUCAAAGCCCGAUAAAAAUCUGAAUACUUUACCUAAAAACAGCGAAAUCCCAGCCGAGGCUGAAGGAAUAAACGAUUCUUUUAAUGCCGGUACAAAUGAUGUCCUUCAAAGGUCCCCUUCUUCAGUCACUUCUGUUACUACAGAUUUAGGUUUGGGGAUUAUUUCAAACUGUCCAUCUCAGCCAUCAUCAUUUUACCACGACCCAAGAGAUCCCAAGUCGAUCUACAAAGCACUUGUCGAGAGAAUUUGUUAUCAAGAAGAAGCUAUUAGUGCCAUAGUCGAAACAAUUUCCAAAAAACCUCAAAUGGGCCCCCGGAAUGUAUGGAUUCACAUCCGGGGGCCCGAUAAGUUGGGCAAGAAGAAACUAGGCCUGGCGUUAGCCGAAAUACUUUACGGAAGCAGAGAAUGCCUGGUCUAUGCCGACCUCAGCUUCCAAAACGUGUCGACUCGUGUGGAGACUCUGUUUCAUGAGAAAUUACCGAAUAAAUACGAAUUGAGAAUGAGGGGUAUUACAGUCAUCGAUUUCUUGGUCGAGAAGCUGAGCAAAAAGCCUUCAGUUGUUUUCCUUGAAAAUAUCGACAAGGCAGAUCUCGUGGUUCAGAACAGCCUGUUGGAGGCUGUGAAGGAAGGAAGAUUAACCGAUUUAAAGGGACGUGAAAUAACUAUAAGCAAUUGCAUAUUUAUCGCAAGUAGCCAAACGGCACGAAAUGGAAAAGAAGAAUUGAAUAAAUACUCCGAGAAAGAUAUACUGAAUGCUGAGGGCAGUUUACUUCGAAUGAUAAUCGGGUUCGAUCUUAACGAGGACCCCACAAAGCAAAACCCGGUUUUUUUAAACAAACGAAGGCCUAUUGGUGAAAACACGAUCUUAGAUUAUCGUGAAAGAGCACGCAAGGCAUCAAAAUCGAGUCUUGAUCAGUUGGGGCUUGAUCUGAACCUGCCAGCUGAUGACGGUGGAGAAAAACUCGACAUUUCCUCCGGAAAUUCCGAGUCAGAUUCGGGUUUUUCGGAAAGUUCAACCACUUGGGUGGAGGAUUUUGAGGGGUUAAUUGACCGGACAGUGGUUUUCAGGGCGGUUGAUUUUGACGGGCUCUCAGAGAGAGUGUCUGAGGAGAUCAAUUCGUAUUUGCGAUUUGCAGGUGGGUUCGGGUGCUCGGUCGAGAUAGAAACGAACGUGAUGUGUCAGAUUCUGGCGGGAAGGUACUUGUUCGGGAACAAGAGAGUCGAGGAUUGGAUCAAGAAUGUGGUUCGGAGGGCAUUUUCGGAAGUUGUUGGGAAAUUCGGCACGAGUGCUUGUUCGUUCUUGAAAAUUGUCGGGUGCGAAGGCGCCUCGUGUGAGGAGCUACUUCCGGGCCGGAUUUUCGCCGGGUAGAUUUUUUUUUUUUAUUAUUAUUAGAUGUAUUUAUGUAGAUUUUUUUCCUGAAGUAUGCUCUGUGUAAUACUUUCAUCUCUGUAUGUAGCAGCCUAGUAAAAUGUACGUGCGAUGCACGUGGUAUCGAAUGAUUUUUGCUGAGUAAGUUUGUAAAAUAAAUUA